AUGAGCUCACCAAACGGCCAGGUCAUCAUUGGCGACGUCCCCAAAGACAAAAGUCAACUAGUUCUUUAUAUUAUCAGAGCGGACGAAACCUCUUAUAUCAUCUACAUCAAGCCCUUGAUACUAGCCCAGAAGCUGGCCAUUCCUCAUGUAAUCUCCCUGGUCGAUACCACCUCGCAAUGGGCAUAUAAAAUCCACCCAGAACGCAUGGUACCCGCACUCGUGGACCCGGAGUCUGGUGAGGCUUUUCGUGUGUUUGAGGGCACAGCAUGCUUGCAGUAUUUGGCCGAUCGCUUCGAUACCCACGGCGAGUGGGCUGGACGCACCGCCGCCGAGAGAGGUGCGGUUUUCACUUGGGUCGCCUAUCAGACCGCAGGUAUAGGUCCCAUCCAGCUUCCUCGUACCAUUACAAAACUGCAUGAGAAUACGACCAAGCAAUGGGAUACUCUAGAGAAGCAAUUAGCAAAGAAAGGGCAACAGUAUAUUGCGCUUGCUGAUCGUCCAACACUGGCAGACUUGUCAUACUUUCCUUUUGCGAUGCCUUGGAUGUUUACUUUUCUCGAUGUUGACAUCAAGGACUGGCCUGAUAUCGAGGCUUGGGCGACCCGCAUGUUGGCACGUCCGACCAUCCAGAAUAUCAUGGGUCGAGCGAAAACCUUCAGCCAUGACAUGACCCCAGAACAAGCAAGAGAGCUCAAGGAGGCUGUCUAG